AUGGCCCCCCAUCCUGUCAUUGAGUACACCUCUGAAUCAUCAUGGGCAAUGAUUGAGGACAAGUUUUCCCCCUAUGCCAAGGAGACGCUAGCAAAGCUCAUUAAGUUCAUGGAGGACGAAGUUUUCCCUGCAGUCCGAGUUGCUCAUGCUCAGAUACCGACCGACCCAGAGAGGCGUUGGAAGACUAUCGUCCCCAUCAUUGCUGAACUGAAGGAGAAAGCUAAAAAGCUGGGACUUUGGAAUCUUUUCCUUAGCAAGGCCCACUAUCCCGAGCAUGGCGUACCCCUCACUAACCUCGAGUAUGCCGUCAUGGCUGAAAUCCUGGGUCGAGCUGGACAUAUGGGUCCCGAGGCCGUAAACUGCGCUGCACCGGAUACUGGCAAUAUGGAGGUCUUGGCUCGUUAUGGCUCUCCUGAACAACAAAAGAAGUGGCUCGUCCCUCUUUUGAACGGUGACAUUCGUUCAGCGUUUGCGAUGACGGAGAAGGGCGUCGCGUCAUCGGAUGCAACGAACAUCCGCACUUCAUUAAGAAGAGAGGGUGAUGAAAUUGUCAUCAAUGGCCAUAAGUGGUGGAUCAGUGGUGCCGGAGAUCCACGCACAAAACUCCAUCUUGUGAUGGGGAAGAGCGACCCAACCAACAAGAACCACUAUAACCAACAGAGUGUUGUGAUUGUCCCAGCUGACGCACCUGGUGUAACAGUUGUCCGUCCCAUGCACGUCUUCGGCUAUGAUGACGCUCCUGAAGGGCACUGCGAAGUCAUCUACGAGAAUGUCCGAGUGCCUUUGGGCAACUUGGUUUUGGGUUGGGGUAGGGGCUUUGAAAUCAUCCAAGGCCGCCUCGGACCUGGCCGCAUCCAUCACUGCAUGCGCUCUAUCGGCGCGGCUCAGGCAUCUCUAGAUCUCAUGCUCGAGCGAGUGACUGACCCCGGUCGCAAAACCUUUGGAAAGUACCUUUAUGAGCAUGGGACGGUGAUUGCUGACAUUGCCAAAUCUCGGGCUGAAAUCGAGAGCGCAAGGCUCCUCGUUUUGAGUGCCGCCUUGCAGAUCGACAAGUACAAGGCCAAGGGAGCUCUGAAAGAAAUCGGCAUUGCGAAAUUUGUAGUGCCUGAAAUGGCGUUGACCGUCAUUGACCGGGCAAUCCAAGCCUUUGGUGCUGAGGGUGUUUCUCAAGACCAAGAACUUGCUGGACGGUGGGCAGGCCUCCGUACUCUUCGCAUUGCCGAUGGUCCCGACGCGGUUCAUAUUCAGCAAGUGGGACAACGGGAACUCAGGCGGGCACCUGGGCUUGUGAAAAAGGCUGCCGAGAGAAAGAGGAAGGAAGGAGUACUGAUGGAGAAAGCUGGAAUUAAAGGACACCUAUAA